UUUGUCUCCCUCUUGCUCGCAUCCUCAUACAAGAAAGGCUUUCAGCGGAUACAGCCGCAUCCCCCCAAAAUGGCUAGAGGGUUGAAGAAACACUUGAAGAGGCUCAAUGCCCCUAAGCAUUGGAUGCUUGACAAGCUUGGCGGUGCAUUUGCACCCAAACCAUCAUCUGGACCCCACAAGUCCAGGGAAUGCCUUCCACUGAUUCUCAUUCUGCGAAACAGAUUAAAGUAUGCUCUGACAUAUAGAGAAGUGAUUGCCAUUCUUAUGCAAAGGCAUGUUAUGGUAGAUGGGAAGGUUAGGACAGAUAAGACCUAUCCUGCUGGUUUCAUGGAUGUUGUGUCAAUUCCCAAGACAAAUGAGGACUUCCGUCUCCUUUAUGACACAAAAGGUCGUUUUCGCCUUCAUGCAAUCACAGGUGAUGAGACCAAGUUCAAGCUCUGCAAGGUUAGAUCUGUCCAAUUUGGCCAGAAGGGUAUUCCAUACCUCAAUACCUAUGACGGACGCACCAUCCGCUACCCUGAUCCUCUGAUCAAGGCUAAUGACACCAUCAAGCUUGACCUGGAGAGCAACAAAAUUGUUGAUUUCAUUAAGUUUGAUGUUGGGAAUGUUGUCAUGGUCACUGGAGGAAGGAACAGGGGACGUGUUGGAGUGAUUAAGAACAGGGAGAAGCAUAAGGGUAGCUUUGAGACAAUCCACAUUCAAGAUGCUGCUGGGCAUGAGUUUGCAACUCGUCUAGGGAAUGUCUUCACAAUUGGUAAAGGGACAAAGCCAUGGGUGUCACUUCCUAAGGGCAAGGGUAUCAAGUUGUCCAUCAUUGAAGAAGCCAGAAAGAGGCUUGCAGCCCAAGCUGCUGCAUAAAUUUUAUGAUAGAUAUCUGGAGUUGUUUUUGUCUAAAGAAGCACAUCAGUUGGAUGAAUGCUGGCAGGUCCUGUGUCUUAUUAGCUUGUAGUGUUUAUGCUUAGAAUGGAUGCUUUGCUUUUACUGAUGAGCGCAGUUUUGGACCAUUUGUUAUAUUGUUUUUGAAAUUAAGUUUUAUUACUGUUGGUUAUGUUGUUACAUUUCAACUAUCAUUUAUCACAUUUUUUUGCUAAAA